CAGGCAGUGACCUCACGAGCGCCAUAUUAAAAUGCUUCUUCUUCCCUACUUUUUUUGUGUUGAGAACGUAGCCACCAUCAGUCUGCCUCUUGGUUUCAAGAGAUUGACAGAGAACAUGAUGGAAAUAAACUCACUCCAAGAGGCGCUCAAAGACUUUGACAAGAAAGGGACGCAAGAAGUGGCUCCCCUGCUAGAUCAGUUUCUGUGUCAUGUUGCCAAGACUGGAGAAACCAUGGUCCAGUGGUCCCAGUUUAAAAGCUAUUUCCUCUUCAAACUGGAGAAAGUGAUGGAUGACUUCAUAGCCUCAGCACCCGAUCAAAGGGGGGUAGCCAAUCCCAAUGUGGAGUCCAUUCCAUUUGAGGACAUGAAGGAGAGGAUACUGAAGAUUGUGAAUGGAUACAAUGGAAUUCCAUUUACGAUCCAGCGUUUGUGUGAGCUGCUUACAGAACCCAAGAGGAAUUACACAGGAACAGAGAAAUUCCUCAGAGGUGUUGAGAAGAAUGUGAUGGUGGUCAGCUGUGUGCAUCCUACCUCAGAGAAAAACGGAUGCAGUGGUGUGAAUAGAAUUAAUGGUGUUAUGUUGCCUGGAAACUCAUCUGCUUUUACAGAGAGUCUCUUAUUAUUUUCUUGCAGGAAAGUUAAUGGCCCAGGGACCCCCAGGCCGCUGAACAGACCAAAACUCUCUCUAGCCAGCUCACUAGCGACAAACGGUCUACCGGACAGUACAGAAAACAAAGAUCCUACCACAGAGCAGGGACAUGACACACAUUCCAGUGAGGUGUCAGCAUCGGAUACGCUAGGGAGCUCUGUGAAGAACAAGCACUAUGACGAUCAGGAGGUUAUGGAGGCGGAGCAGCACGAGGUGAAGAGGCUCAAGUUCAACAAAGAUAAAGAGGAGGAGCAGAAGGUGGACACCCUCAGCUCCUGCCAUGCUGACAGCUUGUCGGAAGAGACAGAGUCCAUGGUCCAGGAGAAGGAGGAGGAGGACAGUGAGGCUGCCAGUACUGAUGGGACUUGUGAAGACCAAGAGCCAUCGAGCACACAGUCAGAGCCAUCAGCAGGGCCCGGGGCGGAUAAGCAGGCAGACGGGGAGGUACCUUGUGACUCCCAAGAGGAAGGUAAUGACAUGGACCAGUCAGAACAGCAGGCCACUGCUGGCGUCCUGAAGAACCCUGAGGCCCGGGACAGCGAUGAGGGCAGUGACCCAGUCAGCAGCAGUAGCGCCAGCAGCUGUAACAGUGCAGAGAAUGAAUCCAGGGAAGAGGCAGCCCCUGCUCCCUCCAGCAGUACUCCUGAGCCAGCUGCAGAGGGUGCCAUGGAGAGUGGCAGCCAGGACACUGGGACCAGUGAAGAGCCCAUGGAGCAGGACUAACAGCUCCUCAGGAUCGAUCUAUUGACCAUUAAGAACAUCUGUCCUCAAGUCUAGCUUGAGUGUCACCGGUGAAGGGGCUACUCCAUCCUGGUCCCCUAGAUACUUUACGCCUUGUCUACAUUUUGGCUACUCUUCAAAAUGACCACCUGUCAUUGAUGUGGACAUCCACAUUUUAUUUUCAAUUGAAGAUUUUUUAACUGGAUUAUUUUCUUCCCCUACACUCUAUUUAAGAGUUUCCUUUUAAGGCUUGUGGUCUCCAGAGGUCUUUGUUUCAGCCUUGGUCAGUCUUUUGGGUUGCAUAUGAUGUUUGUUCAAGCUGUGCUGAUUGGACGGUGUGUUCACCUGGGUAUUGUUUUCUCAUCAGUUUGAGCAUUUGACAGGUAAAGCAGGCCCAGUUUUGUUCCUGUAGCCAGUUGUUUUUCUCUGUGGAUUAUCACCCCCGCCAAACCACCAGAGUCAGGACAGAGCUAACCCUGCUAACUAACCUCUUCAUUAUUUAUGCUGUUAGUUACUUACUCCAGAGAUGAGCUAGCUAGCAUUUCUGUUUGACUGAAGCUCGAGCCUCAGCAUCCAGCCCAUACCACUGUUUUUACUCAUGUGCCACCAUCUUGGCUGUUGAGGAAAAAGUAUCUUUCUAUGUUAUUUAAAAAAUCUAUUUUCCUCGUGAGAUGGAGUAUUGUAUUAGAUUUUCCAUGUGAGACCAUAUUCUCCUUUUUAAAAUGCGUCUGUUGUCUUUGCUAUGAUGCACUACCGACCCAACUCGAAGAGUAAUGUAACAUGCUAAUUUUACCUUCAGAUAUAAGAUUAUAUCAUUUUGGGGGCACCAUAAUUUAUAUAAACAUUUCAACUCAACUACUUAUUUUGUAAAACGUUAUUUUGUGGCAGCCAGUUGAGUUUCCAAAACCAGCUGUAAGUACAAGAUGACUUCCAAUUUGGAUUGUGAUGUCACCAAGUUGUUUGACUGACAGAUAUCCAGAGCAGUUACUGGUUUCUUUCUAUAGCUGUACUUUUGAUAUUUAGAAUUUUAAAUUUCUGUAAAGUAGACUUUUGUAGAUUGUAAUACAGUAUGUGUUCACUUCCUUUGUGAAACCAUAUAAUUGUAUAAUUUCUGUGUAUACUCUGAAUGAUUUUGCUUUCAAUGCAGUAUUCAGAUAAAGCAAUAAAUGUUCACAUUUUUGUGUGGUCAUGCUUUCUUA